CGUGCGAGGGAUGUUACCAUUGGGUGCCGGUGCCCCAGCUCGCACACCUGUCCCGAUUGCUCACCGCCAAUCCUCCCAAAACAGAACGACUCGCUGCUGUCGCUUGUCCUUAUCACUCCUUCCUCCACCCGUCCAUUGGUGCUCCCUUCUUUUUCCAUCCCCUUUACUCCCCCUUACCUUUUAACUGACUGUCCUCUUCCCCGCUCUCUUCCCUCCCCCGCUAAGCAAACCGACACACACCAUCCUCCAUCCUGCUUCUCUUCCUCUUCCUUCGAUUGCUGCCUCUCUGCUGCGCCUUUGCCUGUCGGUAUUGGAAAUCGGCACAGGAAUAGAUUGAGGGUGGGGAGAGAAAGAGACGUUGUCGGCUGGAUUUUGGAGUGGAUAGAGACAGAAAGCUAUGGCGAUGGCGAUGGCGAUGUCGUCGAACUCACCGCCGUCCGCUGAGGCGGGUGCUGCCGCCGUUUCGUUGGAGCCGGACCACGUGAUGAACUACAGGGGAGGGUCGGUUCUUGGCAAGAAAACCAUCCUCAAGAGCGAUCAUUUUCCCGGGUGCCAGAACAAGCGUCUGACUCCCCAAAUUGACGGUGCUCCCAAUUAUCGCCAGGCUGGCUCCUUGCAUGUUCAUGGUGUCGCGAUACCUACCAUUGAUGGUAUAAGGAAUGUACUAAAUCACAUUGGAGCAAAAAAGAAUGGGAAGCAAAAAAAAGUGCUGUGGCACAAUCUCCGAGAAGAACCUGUAGUUUACAUCAACGGCCGUCCUUUUGUCCUACGAGAUGUUGAAAGGCCCUUUUCCAAUCUAGAGUAUACGGGAAUCAACAGGGAUAGAGUUGAACAAAUGGAGUUCCGCCUAGAAGAAGAUAUCCUACAGGAAUCCGUGCGGUAUGGAAAUAAAAUCCUUGUAACUGAUGAACUGCCUGAUGGUCAGAUGGUGGACCAGUGGGAACCUGUGAUGCAUGAUUCAGUUAAAACGCCUCUGGAGGUUUAUGAAGAGCUACAGAAAGAAGGAUACCUUGUUGACUACGAGCGGGUUCCUAUUACAGAUGAGAAAUCCCCGAAAGAAGGGGAUUUUGAUGAUUUGGUACAUAGAAUUUCUCAAGUUGAUCUAGAUACCGAAAUAGUUUUCAACUGUCAGAUGGGUCGGGGAAGGACAACUACUGGAAUGGUGAUAGCUACUUUGGUUUAUCUCAAUCGCAAAGGAGCUUCCGGUAUUCCAAGGACAAAUUCAAUUGGGAAAAUCUUUGGGUCUGGACAUGACGUUACUGAUAAUAUACCAAACUCUGAGGAGGCAGUGCGCAGGGGUGAAUAUGCUGUCAUAAGAAGCUUAAUUCGUGUGUUAGAGGGUGGGGCAGAGGGUAAAAAGCAAGUGGAUGAAGUCAUUGACAAAUGUGACUCUAUGCAGAACUUGCGUGAAGCUAUAGCUACUUAUCGCAAUAGUAUCCUUCGCCAACCAGAUGAGAUGAAGAGAGAGGCAUCACUUUCAUUCUUUGUUGAGUAUUUGGAACGUUACUACUUCCUCAUCUGCUUUGCUGUUUACGUUCACACUGAUAGAGCUGCUCUUCGUGACAUGUCAUCAGACCGAAUAAGUUUUUCUGAUUGGAUGAGAGCAAGGCCUGAACUUUAUAGCAUACUACGUAGGUUGCUGAGGAGAGACCCAAUGGGUGCACUUGGAUAUUCAAGCUUGAAACCUUCUUUAAUGAAAAUUGCUGAAUCUGCUGAUGGCCGUCCAUACGAAAUGGGUGUGGUUGCUGCUAUGAGAAAUGGAGAAGUUCUUGGAAGUCAGACUGUUUUAAAAAGUGAUCACUGUCCUGGCUGUCAGAAUCAUAGUUUGCCAGAGAGAGUGGAGGGUGCUCCUAAUUUUCGAGAAGUACCUGGAUUUCCAGUUUAUGGUGUUGCAAACCCCACGAUUGAUGGUAUUCGAGCUGUCAUUCAGAAUAUAAGUAGUAAGAAGGGUGGACGUCCGGUUUUGUGGCACAAUAUGAGGGAAGAGCCAGUUAUCUAUAUAAAUGGCAAGCCGUUUGUGCUGCGUGAGGUGGAAAGGCCAUAUAAGAACAUGCUAGAGUAUACGGGAAUUGAUCGUGAGAGAGUGGAGAGAAUGGAAGCUCGGUUAAAGGAGGAUAUUCUACGGGAGGCAGACCGCUAUAGUGGUGCCAUCAUGGUGAUUCAUGAAACUGAUGAUGGCCAAAUAUUUGAUGCAUGGGAACAUGUGAAUGCUGAAUCUAUCCAAACUCCUUUGGAGGUCUACAAAUGUUUGGAGGCUGAAGGCCUCCCUGUUAAGUAUGCACGUGUGCCGAUUACCGAUGGUAAAGCUCCCAAAAGUUCAGAUUUUGACACAAUAGCAUUAAAGAUUGCCUCUGCUUCCAAGGAUACAGCUUUUGUAUUCAAUUGCCAGAUGGGCCGAGGCAGAACGACGACAGGCACUGUGAUAGCCUGCCUCCUAAAACUUAGAAUUGAUUAUGGGAGACCUAUCAGAAUGCAGCUGGAUGAUGUUAGUAGUUAUCAUGAAGAGUUGGAUAUUGGCUCCUCUAGUGGUGAAGAAGCUGUAGAUGAUAAUGGUUCCCCCAAUUUAAAUGUAGUUAAAUCUGGAAACUCUGAGGAGCCACAACACAUUUUUGGAAUCAAUGACAUCCUUCUGCUACGGAAGAUAACGAGACUAUUUGAUAAUGGGAUUGAGUGCAGAGAGGUCCUGGAUGCUAUUAUUAAUAGAUGUUCAGCUUUGCAGAACAUACGUCAAGCAGUACUGCAUUACAGGAAGGUAAUUAAUCAGCAACAUGUAGAACCGAGGGUGAGGAGGGUUGCCUUAAAUCGUGGUGCUGAAUACUUGGAGCGUUACUUCAAGUUAAUUGCUUUCUCAGCCUAUCUUGGAAGUGAAGCAUUUAAUGGUUUCUGUGGGCAAGGGGAAACUAAGAUCUCGUUUAAGACGUGGCUGCACAGGAGGCCAGAGAUUCAGACAAUGAAAUGGAGCAUAAGAUUGCGUCCUGGGAGAUUUUUUACAAUACCUGAAGAACCUAAGUUAUUAUAUGAAUCUCAGCAUGAUGAUGUGGUAAUGGAAGCAAUAAUCAAAGCCCGCCAUGGUUCUGUUCUAGGAAAAGGAUCCAUACUUAAAAUGUACUUCUUUCCUGGACAACGAACCUCAAGCUGCAUACGGUUCCAGGGUACGCCCCAUGUUUACAAGGUUGAUGCAUAUCCUGUAUAUAGCAUGGCAACUCCAACAAUUGAUGGUGCUAGAGAAGUGCUUUCCUAUUUAGGUGCUAAAGAUACAACAAACACAAAUAUUACUCAUAAAGUUGUGGUAACAGAUCUGAGAGAAGAAGCUGUUGUUUACAUCAAGGGCACACCAUUUGUUCUCAGAGAACUUGAUCAACCUGUUGAUACACUUAAACAUGUUGGAAUCACUGGCCCAUUGGUUGAACACAUGGAAGCAAGGAUGAAAGAGGAUAUAUUUGCUGAGGUAACACAAUCAGGUGGCCGAAUGCUUUUGCAUCGAGAAGAAUUUAAUCCCUCUACAAAUCAAUUAAGUGUGAUUGGUUAUUGGGAAAACAUUUCACUGGAUGAUGUCCAGACACCUACUGAAGUAUAUACAGCCUUGAAAGCAGAAGGCUACAAUAUUGAAUACAAGAGGAUACCGUUUACAAGAGAAAGAGAAGCAUUAGCUACAGAUGUCGAUGCAAUCCAGUAUUGUAGAGAUGAAUCUGCUAGGUAUUAUCUUUUUGUUUCCCACACAGGAUUUGGUAGUGUUGCAUAUGCUAUGGCUAUUACCUGUCUUGGGCUAGGUGCUGAUUUGAAGUUUGCAACCGAGCAAACAGUGGAAACACAUUUUGUAUCAACAUCACCUGCUGGAAGGUUUCCUUAUCAAGCUUCUCAUGAAGAUGAAAUCAGACAGGGUGAUUAUCGUGACAUACUAAGCCUUACUAGAGUAUUGGUCUGCGGCCCCAAGAGCAAAGAAGAGGUUGACACUGUUAUUGAAAGGUGUGCAGGUGCUGGUCAUUUGCGAGAAGAAAUUCUACAAUAUAGAAACGAAUUGGAGAAAUGUCCAGGUGAAGAUGAUGAGAGACGGUCCUACCUCAUGGAAUUGGGAAUUAAAGCUCUAAGGCGAUACUUCUUUCUGAUCACUUUCAGGUCUUACCUCUACUGCACUUCUCCAAGUGAAACGGGUUUUGCAUCAUGGAUGGAGGCCAGGCCCGAACUUGGCCACCUCUGUGAUAACCUGAGAUUGGACAAAUAACUGAUCUUUUGGCUGUCAUGUGGAAUCUUUAUAUCAACAUCCCAUGAAGUUGUUAAGAGGGCAGAAGGCCAUUUAUCAUCAGCGUGUGCUUGGCAUGCAAGAGAGAGGUCUCAUAGGUGAUGCAACGCAGUGCUAACCACUGGCUUAUAGUUUAGCCCUAGAAUGUUGAUGGUGCAUCUAGUUGUGGCUAGCAGCGGCAAGCGCUAUGGCUUCAUUGUAACAAAUGAAGAUAUCCGCAAUGAUCAGCUGGAUCGUCCAAACAAUUUUCUCCACCGGACUUGAGAACAAACCCAAAGCUUCAGCAGGGAAAGAAUCCUUUGCUUGUGGCAAUGCUCACCCCCUGCAUGUACACAGAAACUCGUUAGUUCUGAUGGCAAAACCUGCUCUAGAUAGCUCCAUAUUUGGAUGAUAUGAUCCAUCACAUUAGCCUUGGCCUAUUGAGCAGGAGGUACUCUGAUCCCAUCUCCUUUCCUUAUGAUUGGUGUAAAAUAUAAUGUGGAUGUGAAUACCAGUUUUAAAGGAUCUAUUGUAUGUCUAAUAGUAAGAAGUUUUAGUGAUGAUCAUACUGUCAACCGCUACUGAUGAAGUUGAAGCAUAAGCUUUCAUAGAGGGGAUCCUAUUGUUGUGACACACAGAUUGCUCAUGUUAUUUGGGAAGGGCAUGCAUAAUUUUCAGCUUUUGUUUAAAUGUUGUAAUAACCCUUUUUGGUAAAUGACUUGUAUUAUUGCCUUUCCGUCAA